AAUAGGAAGGAACAAGUAGUGUGAUCGCGGCGGUGGAAAGUAGUUUCAAUUGAGCAAAUCGGCGAGGGAAUGUGUUUUUCAAGCGACUACGUGUGCAGCGAAACACCUGAAAGCGCGCGCCUAUUCAGUGCCGAUCGAGCGCAGGGGGGUGCGUUGGCGAGGGCGAAUUGCAUUUGCUGCACAGUCGCUGGCCAGCCACGAGGGUGCGUGCAUCCAGCUCUCAGCUGUUCCCUGUUUUUCCACGCUCUCUUCCAGAAGGAUCGGAAAAAAACUGGGAUUUCAGAGGAAUUCCUCACGAUGCGACCGAAAAAGUGGCAGAUUUUUUUCGCGUCCAUCCGCAGGGAGAUGCAGUGGAGCUCUCUGGGGCUGGAGUACGCCAGGCCGAAUAGAUUUUGCAAAAGUCAGUGGCAUUGCGCCGAUUCAGUGAGUUGCCUGUCAACGUACCUGGUGUUCAAAGUGGCAGUGGCCGUUUAUCUAUUAACUGGCGUGAUGCUCAACAUCAUUGACCUGCACGCCCUGGAGAGAGGCCUCGAGUGGCCGCAAAGUCUGAUUCACCGCGCCAAGUGGUUCAUCUACCUGACCAACUGGACCCUGAUGAUUUUGACCGCUCAAGCCCUGAUCGCGGCCGUCCUCGCCGUCGAACACCAACUUUUCCCACCACAAGGGAAAUCAGCAGGAAAAAUGACCAAUCUGCACAAAUGGUACUGGUUCCUAAAUAAUCUUUGCAAUGUGGGAUCGCCUGCAAUAACUUUGCUCUUCUGGACCAGCGUCUACAAUAAAGACAUCCAUCGACUCGACUUCGGCAACAUUCACGGUCACGUGAUGAACACCGUCUUGGUGGUGGUCGACCUGAUGGUGACCGCGCAUCCAGUUCGACUUCUCCACUUCUACCAGCCCAUGAUCUUGGCCUCCACCUACUCGCUCUUUUCUAUUGUGUAUUUCUUUCUGGGCGGCACCAACAAGCAAGGAAACUCCAAAAUAUACCCCUUCCUCAAUUGGCACAAACCUGACGUUGCUUUGACGUACAUUCUGAGUGGCUGCGUCCUUUUGAUGCUCAUACACGUGGUCAUGUGGAUGUUCUACCAACUCAGAAGGUUCAUCGCCCUUCAGCUCGGAACCCUGGACUACACAGAUUCCAAAACUGAAAAGGUCACGGUCGUAUUCACAAUGGAGGAGCAGAUGAAAGAAAACAUGCAGGUGACAGUGGCGCAGCCGUGAAUGGAAAAUAAUAAUACGUGAGUGAACGUCAACAACCAUGAGCAGUGCAAUUUCUCACUUGCCAAAUACGGGGAUGAGAAUCGCCAAAAUCUACCUCAAAAACUGCUUUUAAUUAGGCUUUAAGCAAUUGUUUAUACAAAAAUUAACUUCUGUCAUUGUUUAAAUGAUAAAACGUAGCAAGAACAGUAUGAUUAAUGAUUAUCAAUUUUAAUAAAUUCUUUUAAGACCGUUCCAUUCCAUUUCUAACUUGGAGUUUUAAUUAGUUUUUAACCGAAAAAAUAACAAUGAAAGGAGCAUAACUAU